AAAGUGAAAAUAAUCAUGAAUAGUUUCGACGAUUUAUUCACCAAACUUUUUGAACUAUUGAUUGGAGACAAAUUGCCGACGCUCUCUUUGUGGAGGAUUUGAACGAUCCCGAGGGAUGAGGGAGAUCGAGAGCGAGAGCGAGAGCUUGAGCUUGGUCAUGGCCAUGGGGGAUGCCACGGAACCCCCCCAGGCCAAAGCCCCAAAGCGCCUCCCCCUCCUCCUCCUCGCCCUCAACUGCGCCAUGCUCUCCCUCGGCACGUGCGGCGGCCCACUCCUCAUGCGCCUCUACUUCCUCCGCGGCGGCUCCCUCGUCUGGCUCUCCAGCGCCCUCGAGACCGGCGGCUGGCCCAUCAUCUUCCUCCCCCUCGCCGCGGCCUACUCCCGCCGCCGCUCCGCCCAGGGCCCCUCCGCCCGCCUCGUCCUCAUGGACCCCUUCCUCUUCGCCGCCUCCGCUGUCGUCGGGGUCCUCACCGGCCUCGACGACUACCUGUACGCGUACGGCGUGGCGCGGCUCCCCGCCUCCACGUCGGCCCUGCUCAUCGCCACGCAGCUGGCCUUCACCGCCUUGUUCGCGUUCCUCCUGGUGAGGCAGCAGUUCACGCCCUACUCGAUCAACUCGAUAUACCUGCUGACGAUCGGGGCAGGGGUGCUGGCGAUGAACACGAGCAGCGACCGGCCGGCGGGGGAGUCGGACGGGGAGUACUACGCGGGGUUCUUCAUGACGCUCGGGGCGGCGGCGCUGUACGGGUUCGUGCUGCCGCUGGUGGAGCUGACGUACAAGAAGGCCAAGCAGGCGGUAACGUACUCGCUGGUCCUGGAGAUUCAGCUGGUGAUGUGCUUCUUCGCCACCGCUUUCUGCACCGUGGGCAUGCUGGUCGACAAGGAAUUCCAGGCGAUUCCUACAGAAGCGAGGAACUACGAGCUCGGAGAAGCCGGAUACUACGUGGUGCUCGUGUGGAACGCCAUUGUCUGGCAAUUCUUUUUCUUAGGAGCCAUAGGAAUGAUCUUUUGUGCCUCCUCUCUAUUCACUGGAAUCGUGAUCGCCCUUCUUCUCCCGGUCACCGAGAUCCUAGCCAUCAUAAUCUACCAGGAGAAGUUCCAGGCAGGGAAAGGCGUGUCCCUCGCCCUCUCUCUCUGGGCCUUCGCUUCAUACUUCUACGGCGAAUUCAAACUUGGCAAGAAAGAAAAAGAAAAUGCAGCAGCAGCAGCAGAAGAAGAAGAUUAGAUUUCCAGAGACCAGAAAUUCAUCAACAAGGCCAUCCCUGAAGUGGAAAAAAGAAAAGACGUUGCUUAUGCUUAGCCUACUU